AUGUCCAUCAUCAUCUCCACCAUUUAUAUUCUCUUUGCCCUCACUGUUAGGGUGUUGCAGGGGCUUGAGUCAGCAAGUAAUUGUGUUGAGGACAUGGAUGAAUGGUUGGGAAUUUUUAAUCUAAAACUUCGACACAUGAGAGAGGACAUAGAAUCAAUUGAAGUACGUAAUAAUAAACUGGAAAUGCAGUCUGUCAACAACAAAUCAUUAAUUGAGGAACUCGAUAAGCUUCUUGAAAGAUUAUGCAUCCCUUCCGAGUAUGCAACAUCUUUAACAGGAGGUUCAUUUGAUGAAGCGCGCAUGCUUCAAAAUAUUGAAGCUUGUGAGUGGCUGACUAAGGCUUUACGUAGUCUUGAAGGACCCAACUUGGAUCGUGGCUAUGCAAACAUGCGAGCUGUAUGUAGACAACCUGAUUUUCUUUACUUCUAG